CUGUGAAUGCAGAGACGGAAGUACAUUGAGCAAGAGCUCGAUAAAGCACGGGAGGAAAUGCCGUCGUAUAAGCAACAAUGUCAGGCCGCGAACGAGGCCAAAAUUCAAGUCCUGAAACAGCUAGAAAGCACUAAAAGACUGAUUGAAGAGUUAAAGCUUAAUCUUGAAAGAGCACAAACAGAGGAGCAGCAAGCAAAACAGGAUUCUGAACUUGCGAAGCUGAGGGUGGAAGAGAUGGAGCAAGGGAUUGCUGAUGAGGCUAGCUUUGCUGCAAAGGCACAGCUUGAGGUCGCCAAGGCACGACACGCUGCUGCAAUUGCGGAGCUCAAAUCUGUCAAAGACGAGCUCGAGCAACUCAGACGAGACUAUGACUUACUGAUAGAUGAGAAAGAAUCAUCUGAGAAAAAAGCUGAAGAAGCUCACUUUGCUUCUAAACAAGUUGAGAAGUCAGUCGAGAGUUUGACAAUCGAACUCAUUACUCUGAAGCAGUCGCUAGAUUCUGCACAUUCUGCACAUCUGGAGGCAGAGGAGCACAGAAUCAGAGCAGUUAUGGCUAAGGAGCAAGACAGUCUUAACUGGGAGGUGGAACUGAAACAGGCUGAGGAGGAGCUCGAGAAACUAAACCAGCAAAUGAUUACAACGAAAGAAUUGAAAUCAAAGUUGGCUGAUGCUAUGACACUGCUGCAGGAUUUGAAGGCUGAAUUGGCUGCUUAUAUGGAAUCCAAAUCAGAUGAAACCGGCGAUCCACUUAAAGAGCCCGCGACAAAAACUCGCGCAGACUUUGAGAAUGCUAUCAAUGCAGCAAAGAAGGAGCUUUCAAAUGUAAAGCUCAAACUCGAGAGAGUAACAAAGGAGGAAAACAUUUUGAAGGUGGCCUCCGCAUCAUUGAAAUCACAACUCGAGAAUGAAAACGUGGAGCUUCAGGCCAUCCAGGAGAGGGAAGGAACAGCAUCCGCUGCAGCUACGUCUCUCCACGCGGAGCUGAACAGGAUCAAGUCCGAAAUCAAUGCCAUACGGAUGAAGGAGGAAGAGGAAAGAGAGAAAUUGGUUGAGCUUCCCUUGCAAAUGCAGAACGCAUCUGAAGAAGUAGAACAAGCAAAGGAGCUAGCAAGAACAGCUGGUGAGGAGCUCAAGAAAGCGAAAGAUGAAGCAGAUGAGGCAAAGGCAGGUGUGAGCACAAGGGAGGGAAAACUGUGCGCAGUUCAGAAAGAAAUUGAAGCUGCAAAGGCAGCCGAGAGGCUGGCACUGGCAGCUAUAAGCGCAUUGCAGGAAAGUGAAUCUGCUCAAAGGAACGUGGACGAGGAUUCAGUAAAUGGAAUCACAAUAUCUUUAGAAGAGUAUUACGAGCUGAGCAAGAGGGCACAUGAAGCCGAGGAGCAAGCAAACACGAGGGUGGCUGCAGCUAUGUCUCAAAUAGAGGCGGCCAAGGAGUCGGAGCAGAAGAGCUUGAAUAAACUGGAGGAAGUGAGCCAGGAUAUGUCUAAGCGGAAGGAUGCAAUUGAGAUUGCAUUGCAGAAAGCCGAAGCAGCCACAGAGAGGAAACUGGGCGCUGAAGAGGAAUUACGAAAGUGGAGAGCUGAUCACGAACAGAAACGGAAGAAUGCUGAGUCCGGUACCUCAGCCAUAAAUACCGGUAAAAGUUCAAAAGAUGGGAAAGAUUCUAAGAAUCAAAAGUCUCCCAAGUCGGGCACCAGCAAAGGCACAGACACUCAAGAUGGGAAAGCUGGAAAGAAGAAGAAGAAAUCAUUCUUCCCGCGAAUCUUCAUGUUCCUGGGAAGAAAGAAGUCAUCGCAUUCGUCUUCGAAGGGAGAGUAAUCGAUCUUUCUCAUUUACAACCAUUAUUGCUUCACUAUAGCUCUGCCACUAUGAUUCAACCAAAUUGAAUUAUACUCACUAUAUGUCAGGUUUAUAGGAGAGGACCAGAGUGACUGUUAAGACUGUUAUGUUAUCAUCUGUUGUAGAAAUACUCUCUGUAAAUCUUUGAAUGGCCUACUAGAAAUUCAAAUUUUUAAUGAAUAAUUUAGUGAUUUAUGGCAUUCAGAAAAUGAGAAGUCAUCAUCCUCUUUGACAAGUUGAUCACAACCCACAUUAUUUUCUUCUCUUUCAA